AGGUGAUUGAGCAGUGGCGUAGCAAAAAACUAUUCUAUGAUCAAGAAGGGUUUGAGAUUCAUAAUUUGUAGUAGUUAAAAUUUCCUCUAUUCAAUAAUUGCAAGAUGAAAUAGUAAAAAUCAUAUCUAAUGCUAAUACACGUUGAUUUCCUAGAAAUACAAAGCAGAGAGGUCGAAUAAAUAAAAAUACACAAUGAGUAAAGAGUAAAAACGCGUUUAUUGCAAAAAAUGUUUCUACUGGUAUCUUUACUAUAACUGGUAAUAUUGAAAUGUUAAACUUUAAGACGAAUUCCCUACACAUGUAAGUACACGCCACGCCACUGUUUUCUGCCAACACCCCUAAUUUAAAGAUUGGACUCGUCCGAGACGAGUUUUCGUCUCUGCGCACUCCUACCACCGUGGACGAUCUGUCAUUUCGCGGACUCUAACAUGGUGACAUCUGACAUGGACGUUUAUUUGACAGUGACAGUCACGCUUUUGUAACUUUUUUUGAAAACUUUUUUGUUUGAUGCAUGAUGGAUACGGAAUUUUACAAUUUACACAAAGCCCUUUCUGCCUACAAGACGUCCAUCAGCACAAGUAUGGACAAAAUUGACGAUAUCUUUUCGCAAGCUGCAAGUACUUUUAUCAAUCCCGAUUGUGCCAGAGGUCCAAACCCGAAAAAGUACACAAUUUCGCUCGAAAUCGUAACAGUUUUGCAGCAUUAUAUUAGGAUUCUUAGCACUGUUGAGAGCUUAGCCGACGGUUUGGCGACCAAGCUCUCUAACCUAGACCGUGACGCAGAGCCUGAAAGAGAAACAGCUUGCAAUCCUUUCACUUCGGCCCUUUUAAGCGACUCGAAAGAGUGUGCAGUUUCGUGCUUCUUCCAUAACUUGAAGGCACAAAUUGCCGAAAGAGAUGUCAGUUCGGGCGUCGAUUCUGACAAUGUUAGUUCAGACGCGGAAACGAUAGUGGACCUAAAAACCGAAAAUUUGGACGAAUACGCACGAUUGAAUCUGUUUGAUGUCAACGUUAAGCCUGAAAAUGCGCCCGAAAGUGAAAUUUCCAACUCUCAAAAAGCCACAAACAAUUCGAAAACUCAAAUCAAAUUCGAGGUUGAAGCUGACGACAGUUCGGGGGCCGAAACGCUUGUGGAACAACCAGUUCAGGGAAAAAACGAUUUGUUAGAUCACAGUAGACUUAACCCUUUCAAAGCUGACUCGAAUGAGCCCAAAACAGGGGCAAAAAAGAAGAAAACUGUAAGAAUCAAGGAGGAGCCGCCUUGCGAAAACGCCGAAAUCGAAUAUACGGCCCUGAGCAAACUUUUGUCGAUGUCUGUGCAUGACAGGCGUCGCGAGGCGCAGAAAAAGUUUGAAAACAAAUCCAUCAAACGCGAUUUCAAUUGGCGCAACGUCACCUCGCCACCACGUGACAAAAAAGUGCGAGAAAAAUUCUCGAUUUACGAUAUUCUUGAGGACCAGUUAAGUGUGGGCCAGAAGUGUGUUUUCAGUCACAUAAUCUCGCCCGCCGAGUUUUAUCUUCGCACGAAUCAGGCGUUGUUUGAAAUGCUGCAAAAUAGCUUGAACGAGGAUAUGAAUAGCCAACACCAGUGGGUUGUUAAUAAAUAUAAAACGAAGGAGGAUGCAAGGACACAUAUGGGCAAUUUUUGUUUCGCGUUUUUGCCCAAUAAGCGGAAGUGGUACAGAGUCGAGGUGCUUGAUUGGCUGAUGGAGGAAGAAUUGGAGAAUAUCUGCAUCCAGUUGAUUGAUUUUGGCGAAACAUACUAUUGCAAAUUUGAGAUACUCCUCCCCAUGACCCUAUUUUACUCAAUGUUUCCGCGUAUGGCCGUCAGGUGCCACUUUGCAGCGAUUUAUUCACCUGAUCCUAGUAAAUGGCCAGAAUCGAGUAUCGAAGCCUUGGAACAAAUGAGCGAAAUGGAGGCUAAAACCGAAUUCGAGACGAUUUUUGUAUGCAAGGAGGGAAAUUCGUAUGGAAUUGAUCUCUUGAAUGAGGAGAAAUUUGGGAAGAAAACGUUGGGUCAGAUUUUGGUCGACUCCGAACUUGCCCUCCAAGUGGACAUUUCAGACGGACUUGAAGCAUUAGAGGAUGAAGAUUUCGAAGAGUAUGAAAACAUCAACGAGGCCAUAACUGGAUACGAUGCCAAAGAUGAAGCAAGACUUUGCCCCUUCACUAAUGCGGCAGGGGGCUGUUUUAAAGGGGCAAGGUGUAAGCUAGAACACGGCGUUUUGGCGAAAGAUGGCGUCACGACGGAUAAAGUUUUGACGAUGAAUCAAGCGUUCACUGUGACGCCUUUGCCCCCCAAAGGCCAGUGUGUCGACGUUUUGGUAACGGGGUACAUAAGCACCUGCCGUUUUUACGCACAAAUUGUCACAGCACCGUCCAAGACUUCGAAUUUUAAUGCAAACUUCCAGAGGCUGAGAGAGAGCAUGAACUCGAAUAAUAUAGUCCACACUUACGAGCCAUUUAAAUUGUAUCCCGGCCUCGGGGAGGUUGUUUUGAUCAAAGAAAACUCGGAAUGGUUUCGGGGGAUUUGCGUUGGCUUAGCCGAAAACGACAAGAUUGAGGUUUUCUUUGUGGAUUUUGGUUACAAAAGAGAGAAAAAACUGAAAGAUCUUAGACAAAUGAAAGAAGAUCUUCUUUAUGUGCCAUUCCAAGCGGUUGAAUGUAUGUUGGAGGGCUGUCAGGAGAAGAAAGAUGCCCCAAAAAAUGCCUCCCAAACAUUUUUCGACUCGUGCAUGAAUUUAAAAGUUUUUAAGGCUCUAGUUGUUGAAUCAGAGGAACCCCUGAGACUGUCUAUGUGGGACUCUGAAGGCAUGGAGAUGGGCUACGUUCUGAAAACGUGCGGGUUAGGAGAGGACCGCAAGAAAGAUGUUUUCCCAACCAAAGACUGUUAUUUAAGUUGCAAUUGAUUUUUCCAUGACUGUUUAGAGUGUAUUUUAAUUUAUUUUAUUAAAGACAAUUCAAUUUUUGAA